AUGGACUACGGCUUCCCAGCUGAAGGGGCGGCCAAUUCUUCGCUCCUUCUGGAGUUCCAGGAUGAGAACAGCAACCAGAGCUCCCUCUUGGACACCUACCCACUCAAGGCGGACAGCAGCCUGGCCUCCACCCCCAGCCCCCAGCAGAGUGAGUCCAUGAGCCCCAGCCACGCCUCCGACUUCCAGGCUGACGACUCUCAGCCGCCCACGCUGGGGCAAGAGCCCUUGGAAGAGCCUGCCCUUCCGCCCUCUGAAGUAGCCGAUGAGCCUCCAACUCUCACGAAAGAAGAGCCGGUUCCUCUGGAGGCUGAGGUGCCUGGCACAGAGGAGGAUUCCGGCGCGCCUCCGCUCAAGCGAUUUUGCACAGACCAGAAUGCCACGUGCCAGGUGGCCUCCGAGAGCUAGCCAGCUCGCCCGCUUCUGCCCCGUCCCAAGAGCCACCCCACCCCCAGGAUGCCACUCUCUCAAAGUCGGCAUCCUCUUCCACCUCCGCUCCCCUCCAAGAAUCAACUUGCUGUUCCCAUGGCCCUUCCAGAGGCCGCCUUUCUCCCCCUACCACCCCGUGCAAUAUUUUCCCGAUGCCCCUCGGAGCCAGCUGGCCACAUCCUCCCAACCCGCAUGCCUAAAGGACAAGGCGUUGCUGGGGCUGCUCCUGUCUGCUUUUUAAUUUGCCCUCUUUGUGGCUCCGGGGGGCGACCCCUUGGGAGGUUUCCGUAGGGAAAGAGGAGUUGUCAGCACUUAACGGGCAACCACGAGGUCCACGCACCCCCUCUCCUCCUGCAGGGAGCGAACGACUCUCUUGCGAGGAGGGGCAGGGCCUGGCGGGGAGCCCAGCUGGGAUGCUGUGCAAUAGUUGUGGGGUUAAGCCAUUAGCACUGGAGCAAGCCAGGUCUCUGCCCACCAAGCAGUGGGCCCUCGCUGGAGGUGGGAUAUGUCCGAGGAAGCCAAGGCUGCCUUGGCUGGGGUCAGGUGGCCAGAAGGCACCCUCCCUUGCCAGCGGGGCUGGCCUGGCCUUGGGGGUCAAGGAGGCCACCCUGGGCACCAAAGGGACCCUGCAGCCCUCAUGGCAGGAGCAGCUGCCACCGACCCCCACGGCCCCUCCUGCCUCUGCAGACCUGUCCCCCUCCGUCGCGAUCCGCAUGCGGAAUGGAGUUUGCGAUCGAGGCCCUGCUGUGGCGCGGAGUGCCCAGCCACGCAGGGAAGCAAAGAGAUAUUUUAGCACUGAAGAGAAUAUUUUUA